CAUUAAUACUAUUGUCAUCAUAUCUUUUUCAGAAAGUAUUUACGUCAUUCCCCUUCCCUUUCUACCGCAUUCCACCUCCUACUUCUAAGUUCAAAGCAAGCCUUACCUCGCCCUUCCAGCACCGGAGACGAUGUGGGGUCCUGAAAACACUUUGGGCGGGACAGGUUCCUCGGCAGGUUCCUCCACAGCGAGUUCAGUCCUCAGCACGGGCGGUUCCUCCACUUCGGCAGCGUCCACGGGGGCUCUCAAAAACGGCAUCGGACUAGCGUGGGCGGUGUCCGGCAACAGCGGCAAGGGCACGGCCGCGGGCGUGAGCACAGGGAUGGGUUCGAGUUCCAUUAGUAUGGCUAAUGUCCUGGACUUUCUUCUGACUGCUACUCAGCUGUAUCGCGUUGCUGCCGCCACAACCAACAAGAUCAGAGCGAGCGGAAAGGCGCCCAAGGGCUCGGGAUCCCCUGCCGACGACGUGCCCGGCUUGCGAGGCUCCUCCAGCCUCACCCCCAUCACUACCACCAGCUCCACCUCCUCCUCUUCCUCCUCCUCCUCCUCCACCACUCCAGCUUUGCCCUCCGCUUCGCAGACGUGGGCGCGACUCCUCGCUAACCCGUGCGCCAACUCCCCCGAGCAGACCUUAGCCCUGCUACAGGUUCUGCUGCAGGACGGCUUGCUGGACUCCAUCCUGCCCUACAUGGUAUCCUCACUCAACUUGACGACCACCCCCGCCCUCACGCCCUCGAAUCCUGCGCCGCCUGCCAUCACUCGGUCACGAACGCCCACCCCUACACCCAGCUCGAAAGCAGGAGGCAAAUCUCACAGGUCGCCGACGAGGGACUUCGCUAAGGACGCCGCCAGGAGGUCUCCCACCCCCACCCUCGCCUCCGCUCCCCCCUCCUCCUCCCCCGCCACCCUGGCAGCCCCCUCGACCUCCGCUUCAGCCUCCAGCCUCGCCUCCCCCUCCCCCUCCCUGGCCUCCCCCUCGACGCUGGCCGCCAAGGAAGAGCAGCGGCCGCCCACCGCCCCGCCGUCCUUCAGGGGUCUGCCCGACAGGAGCCCGGGCAUUGUGAUUCACGUGUGUGACGAAGCGCGAGGACUUCGCCAGGACUUCACGUGUCCGCGGGAUCUGCUGAUACACCACAUCGGGUACUUCGCCGAUGUCACUGCUGGUCAGCGUCUAGAGGAUGUAGACAUCUCGGUCCACUGUGACGUCAGCAUUUUCGAGUGGCUGCUGCGGUGGGUCAAGCGAGGUCAGACAGAAGACCAUGUUUCUCCGACUCUUGUAAGACGCAAACGUAAUAACAUGCUUUACCAUGCAGAACCAAGACUGCCGUGUCGAUUUCUGAUCUCCGCGACUUUCGAAGAUGCACCGCUGUGGAGGAGUCUGCAGGGCAGCGAGUGUGGAAAACUAGUGACUCGAGGCGUAGAGCGAUUGGUAGCUUGCAUGCCAGCUAAUACCUGCAUCACCACCACAGGACAAGUCUAUUAUACACAUUCAAGUACACAUCAGAAUUUUAUAGCCGUCCUGGGACGCUUCCUGCCAUGUCCCAAGCCUCAAGGGAUGAUUAUUAUUCGCCUUAAUGUUCAGUUAUACCAUCAAGAGAAUUUCAAAACUCAUUUCAGGGAUGGGUUUCCCAGCUCUAUAACCAGCUUUCAAGAGGCACUUACUUAUUCUUUCCCAAAACAUUUAGUUAUAACCAUCAAAGAUUUUUUUCGUAAACUUGUUCAGGUACACUUCCUACCGUGUUUUCCCCUUGCUGCGCGGUGUUUCCGGGAAGUGAAAAGAAGUUCUGUCGCCACCCACCGCCUCGACGGGCCCCUUCCCCCCGACGUGGACCUGCUCCUUGCCCGUGACACGUACCCUUGCUGUGGGGCCCUGCCCUCAAGUUGCCUCACGUCUGACCACACAGUGCAACUCAGCCAGGGCGAGAGUGACAUAUGGGGUCCUAUUCUCUUAUCUAUGACAACCCCAAAUUCCGUCCUGUGUCAUCGACCCCUAUCAACCACCCUGAAUCCAGGACUUACGUGUCCGCGGGAUCUGCUGAUACACCACAUCGGGUACUUCGCCGAUGUCACUGCUGGUCAGCGUCUAGAGGAUGUAGACAUCUCGGUCCACUGUGACGUCAGCAUUUUCGAGUGGCUGCUGCGGUGGGUCAAGCGAGGUCAGACAGAAGACCAUGUUUCUCCGACUCUUGAACCCAAGACUGCCGUGUCGAUUCUGAUCUCCGCCGACUUUCUGAAGAUGGCACCGCUGGUGGAGGAGGUCCUGCAGUAUGUCCACGACAAUAUCAACCUUAUCCUCGAGGCUCAAGUCAAUCUUAGUUGUCUCUCAGAUGCUAUCCUCACUAGACUAGCCUAUCUGUUCACUCACUGGGAGCUGGAAAGUCUACGUGACCGGCGGGACAGAAUCCAGAAUAAGCUGUAUGCCAAGUUCCUUCAGGGUUUGUGCGAGGCCUACCCUUCUCCUGCUCGAGGGAUCUUUAAAACGGCUUCCACGCUCUACAGGUGCAGCGAGUGUGGAAAUCUAGUGACUCGAGGCGUAGAGCGAUUGGUAGCUUGCAUGCCAGCUAAUACCUGCAUCACCACCACAGGACAAGUCUAUUAUACACAUUCAAGGGACGCGACUUGGAGCCUGACUGAACAUGUGCGUCAACUGAAGACCGACCUGAAAACUUGGAGACUAGCCUACUGGCGGCUAUGGGGUCAGGUACACUUCCUACCGUGUUCCACUUGCUGCGCGGUGUUUCCGGGAAGUGAAAUGAAGUUCUGUCGCCACCACCGCCUCGACGCCGCUUCCUCUGACGUGGACCUGCUCCUUGCUAGUGACACGUACCCUUGCUGUGGUGCCCGUGCCCUCAAGUUCUCCCCUCUGCCCGUGAGGAAUGGUUGCCUCACGUCUGACCACACAGUGCAACUCAGCCAGGGCGAGAGUGACAUAUGGGGUCCUAUUCCUCUUAUCUAUGACGACCUCCUCACGUUCCAGCUCCUCGUGUGCAUCGACCCUCCCUAUCAACUCACCCCUGAAUCCAAGAAUGUGUUGUGGACAGGGGUACCUCUUGUGCCAUCUAACAAGGCUGAGCGGAGCUUCCUUGACCGUUCAUGGCUAGCGCAUUUUUCUCAUAGUGAGCGAGACAGCCAUGCCGCUGCACGCCCCGGACUACCAGAGAACACUGCUGCUGCUGCCACGACGAGUAUUAACUUGGGCGUAGGCACGGGCGUGAGUAGUGAGAGUUCUUCGGACGAGGAGGAGGGCGGAGGGCGGCCCGGACUCACGCCCAGGUUAAGAGCCAACCUCAUGCGGAGGGCGAACCGCGCUCGCCGUUCUGUCAACUGCGAGGUCAUGGCGGAGCCGAGCCUGAGGUGGGACAGCGGCCGCUCAACGCGCCACAACCAGGAUGCACAGCGGGAGAAAGAGACGCGCCUGCUACGGGACCUCACGUCGUGGCUCACCUUGGCGGCUCCCAACGCCCACGACUCGAGCCACGGCUCCCACAAAGGACACCGCGGGCGUCCGGAUCGCCGACGAGAGUGCGCGAACGGACCCGACCCCGGCGUCUACUACCGGCUGGAAUCCGAGUUCCGCGAACGGCACGGUAGCCACGGCCAUGGCCACAGCGGCGGAGGAGGCACCUUCAGGGCCAAAGUCCAGGCGAUUUCCAGGAUCAAAAUGAGGCUCAGGCAUAGAGCGGCCUUCUCGGCCUCGCGAUAGAUGAUGUGGAACGACGAACCUCAGCAGACGCAAAACAAACUGCAAACAGUAUUCCCAAUUAUAACCCAAAAUGGGCAAAAACCGUAUUUAUAUUCCUAAAGACUUUUCCGAACUGUUCAUCGAAUAUUUAGUAAAUA